GUGGGCGCUUACGUCACGGGAAUGGCUGUGUAGCUGUAGUGAGGAGAAAGGUGUGUUGCUGACAGAAACUUUGAAGUCCAGGACCCGACUGUGCUGGCUGUGAAUGGACUCUCAGACCGAUGGAACACAGGAGACGUGAUGAAAGAUAUUGACUCAAGAGAGAGAAGCAAGGAUGGCCCAUGGUGUGAUGGUGCUCAAAACGAUGAUGACGAGGAGGAGGAGACCGAGACCCCCAUGAGGCCCAGUUUCUCUGUAGAGGACCUUCUAGAUGAGGUGGAGAAGAUUGGGAGUGUCUCCACGGGUGGAAAAAAGGUGGAGAUUGUUGUAAGACUGUGGAAAGAUGGCUUCACUGUGAAUGACGAGGAUUUUCGCAGCUACUCCUUGGAAGAGAACCAGGACUUUCUCGAAGCCAUUAAACGAGGGGAACUGCCUUUGGAGCUGGAGGGGAGAGCAGAGGACGAGGAGUUGGAGGUCAACGUGGAGGACAUGAAGGAUGAAAUUUAUGUCCCAAAGAAGAAGCCUUUUCUUCCAUUUACUGGUAGAGGAUAUAGACUGGGCAGCGUGGCGCCACGGGUGGUGGCCAGGUCUCGGUCAAUACACGAGGACUGCUCAGUACCUCCCGUCCCUCCAGUGCCGGUGGACGAAAGCCUGCCUAUCACCUCCCUGCAGAUUUGGUUGGCAGACGGCCGGCGUCUCGUCCAGAGGUUUAACCUCACUCACCGAAUCAGUGAUGUCCAAGACUUUGUGGAGAAGGCCCAGUGUACAAGCUCACCAUUUAUCUUAACCACAUCUCUGCCUUUUCGGGAGCUGACAGAGGGUGGACUGAGCCUGGAGGAGGCCGACCUGACAAAUGCAGUCAUUGUCCAGCGGCCACUCAACACACAAGCACCUUUUGGUCACUCCUGACUGAAGAUAUCUGUACUAAAAGUGUGCAGAUCUGUUGGUCACCACUUUGAUCACCUUAAAGCAUGGAGAUACCAGUUCAUAGACUUUCCUGACAACAACAACUCCCAGUAUUUAAAUGUUAAAAAGCUGCUUAAAAGUCCUAAUCAUCUCAGACCUCUCCAUUCAUCAGUCCAGUGUGAAAGUGCAGUUACGAACUCAAUGACACUGAUGAAUGGGAGAAGGACAGUGAUGAAAGAAACCCCCCUCACUCUUACCUUGCAUUUUCAUUUUUCAGAAGGAAGGCAAUAAUCGGUACCUGCUGGCCUGCUAAUCAUGUGUAAAUGCUGCAUAUAGCUUGAAAACUGCAGUGAGUGCAGUUCUUAUUUCUGACUGUCAUUAUCUAUACUUCCCUUGCUGGAUGCCUUGGCCUCCUCUGAUGCAAUGCAGUACGCACAAGCCACGUAUUUAAUAUCAGCGUUCAAUAAAUGUCUCAGAAACUGCUGUCUGAGUGGUAUAAAUAAUCAGACAGCACUUCUGUGUUUAUCACAGGCUUGAUUGCAUUUUGCCUUACCAGAGCGGUGAGACUUCUGUUGUUUGUGUUGAAAUGUUUGCUGAUGUGUUGUAAGCAUUUAAAGCAGAAUUUAUUUGCAAUUGGCAGACAUGUUAAUGCACUUUGCCUAAGCGAGAUGUUCUUUUGUACAGGACCUCGGCUUGCAAUAAAUCUAUUAAAUUUA